AUGCUCUUUUUCUCGAAAGUCCUGUCGUCGGCUGUGUUUUCAAGCAACUAUGACCAGUCUGGGUUACCCAUCCUUUUGGCCUUUGGCAUUGCGACAUUCCUUCGACAGAUGGAGGAAUUUACCCUCAACGGGGAGAGGCAUAUACUCUUGGUGGUUCGGUCAACCUUGUCGCUGAGAGGUCAUGCUGCCCCAAUUGCAGGAACUGACUCUGCCGGUGCUCAGCUAGAGUCGGAUACAGAUGCAACGGCAAGUAUCCCCAUUGUUGCCCCUAGACUUCCUCUAUUACAAACGAAGAUGGUGUAUAAUCAUUUCGAUCGUUGGUGCUUGUUUGGGAAUCGCGUCGCUCUUCAUCAUUCUGUUCCCGUGCUCCGCACAACUGUUCAGGCGGCAAUACCGUUCCCUUCAAAUACGUCGCGUUGUAUUGUGAUCGUAUCUGUUGACCGUUGGUUUCAGGUAUCUCAUACUGGUAUUUUCUCCGCCGCAGCGGUCUUCUCGCAGCCAGUAAACGUGAGCUGGAUGAAUGGCAGUGUUGAAGUACCUCUCGGCUAUAUGUCGCUUUCGAUCCUGUAUGCUUCCAAUAAACGGGCAACGAUCAAUGAUACCACGACCUUCUACAUCGCGGAUCAAAACGCCUUCGGCCGCUUCACGAGCUCAAUGAUUACUUCACAAAAUUUUACUUGGAAAUUACAGAGUUCCAAUCUGAAUGUCCAGGCGAUGAAGUUCCCCACCCCGCAUGGUAUUUCAUUCAAUAAAGUGGCGACCAUCAAUGGCGCGAAUGAUUUUGACGGCAAUGUCAUUCUCGAGGACAUGCAAUUACCCAGCGACAAUCCUGGGGGAGGUAUUGAUUUUGUGGCGGUUACGCAGUUGAACAAUACAAGCCCUUUCGCACUGGAGCUGGGAACAGUAGUUUUUGACCUUGCGUCUACCAAAAUGUUUAUCUUGGUACUGGAACGGGGUUCAAUACCAAUAUUAUCUAUCAACUUGCUUCAGGUCCCUGGUCGUAAUAACAUCACGUUGAACGGUAUUUUGGUACCCCAGACGACGCCUGCUAACCUUGCGACGGUCUCGCAGCUUUUCACCAAUCACAUCAAUUUCGAAAGUUCGCCUGUCAUUGCAGGUUUGGAAAGCCUUCAGUUCACGGUGCCCUUCAAGUCAACCACACCGAUCAACCCAAUUCGGUCUAUCCAGAUAGGGAGCAUGGCGCUUGCAUUCACUUCAGAGACGACAUGGACCCCGCGAACGGACAGUAACUCAAUUCGCGCGACGAUGCGUCAAUUGUGUGAAAGCGGUGUUGUCAUCAUAUUUGACUUGAGCGCAACAGGGUUGCCUUUUGGGUUUGGCUUGUCUAUCGACCAGAUGCAGAAUGAGCUCAUAAUUGUCAAAAACGUAACCAUCUUGCCGCGCAGCGCCUGGGUGCACCAACGUCUUCAAAUCACUGUGCCGAGCCCGACAGACACCGAGGGCACCAUUAACAUCACCAUUUUAAACAGUGUUUUGAAUGCCGCAGAUCCAGAGCAUGAUUCUACCACGACUGACUUUCUGCUGGUUGGCAAUUCUCGCGCGGUCACGAACACGAGCAUCGGUCAAAUUACUCUCGACCCUAUCAAGGUCAACGGGUCGACCAGUCUCAAUGGCCUGCAAGGUCCGAAGGGGUAUACCACCAUUGGGGCUGUCGACCUUAUGGGAGGGACCCAGCAAGCCCUUAAUUUUAGCAUCGAUGAACUCCAGCUGCAACGCGGUGGUGCAAUCUUCGGAACGGCACUGAUGCCCAACUUAACAAUGAGCAUGGGGAAUAACUCGGUCCACAUCUGCUUUCGAUGUACGGCUGUCUACUGCCUCUGCCCACCACUUCUCAAUUCACCAUGUUUACAGCCUAACAACUCACCCGAAGGACUGCAAACACUCAGCAGUUUGUUGGCGGUCAAGGUAUAUCUUGAAUCUUUUCCUUCAAGAGAGGGAAUAAUUAGGUUGCCAGACGUGGAGCUUAAUAUCGUGGGCUACAGUGGGAGUACACAGGUCGCUUCUCUCCUGGAGGCCUUUGAAAGUAUGAACAUCACCGCCACGCUCCCUGGCCUCAACUCCAGUCUUUUGUCAACGGGUUCUUUGGAGAUCCUUCCUACCACUUUUGUUACAAACAACAUCAGUCAGGUCGCCGUAGCGCUCGUUAAUCCUUUCGCUGCAGGCUUCGACAUCACCAGUAUCUCAUCUAACGUCAUGUCGCAUGGCUUGUACCUUGGUUCCAUCAAUACUGCCACGAAUUUCAAGUCUGCAGGGAAAUCAACUGCGAAGUCUCCCGUUCUCGACAUGACCAUGAACUACGAUCCGCCAACGCUCUUCACACUGACUCGCGUGCUUGCCGUGCAGGCAGGUUUAGAUUCCACGCAACUGGAUGACAUUGUAGUUCUUGGGGAUUAUCACAGUACUGUUGCAGGGAACUACGCGACGACACUAGUACUCAGUUAUACUCAGACUGAUGUCCCUAUUUCUGCGGACAGCAGCCUCAACUUAAUCCUGCUCAUCUUGGCGAAACCUAUCGUCCAGAAGGUCCUCAAUUACGUGCUGACUAAGCUGUGGAAAGGGCCGAUAGGACCCUUGGUUAUGCCAAAUAACGAAUCGUUUGAAUCGGUCAUUUCUGGCGAUAACCUGACUGGUACGUUCAUGCUGGGUACAACUGCGUUGUCGCUUACGAGCAUUUGGCGGAUACAUAGUGCUCUUGGUAUCGAAGUAUCCGGCAUCUCUCUUCCUUCCAAAGCGGUCGCCUUGAAGGGCUUCCGAGUCAAUGGUCUUAAGAAUGGUGUGGUCAUCGAUUCCUUCGAUCUCCCAUUCAACGACCCUGCUGGCGGAAUCCAUUUGACGAUUAAUUCAGAGGUCAUCAAUCCUUCUCGAGUUGGCAUUGAACUCAGCUCCCUUGCGUUCAAUACCUAUUCCAACGGCAUUGAGAUAGCUCCGGUCUCUUCAACUUCGACUGUCACGCUAGCGCCCAAAUUAUACCUCAUCACUCGGAACUCUUUAGAAGGGUUCGCGACUGUUUCCGCUAUUUUCAACAACUACAUUCAUGGCAUGGACAGUCAGGUCACCGUUUAUGGCGCUGGUGCUGGCCCGAGCGAUAAUUUCAUAGCUGCUACGACGCUAGGAUCUUCGCAAGGGUUGGCGCUGUCGGGCACUGCGAACGCCGAUGCGUCUACGGCCGUUGGCAUGUUGUCUCUUGUGGACAUUGAAUUUUCUGUGCAAUCUACGAUCACGGGAUUGCAAGGGCUCAAGGUGAAACCUGCCUCUGUUGCCAAUCUGGACGUCAAUUACGGAUAUUCGGAUUACCUGUUGAUUACAGUGGACGCUUCACUUUUCAACCCGAGAAACCAAGUCAUUGGUUCUGCCGAUUUGGUGGGUAUUCAUGACUUCACUCCGUUUCGGCGUUUACCUUCCCAUCUGCAGAGCAACAUGAUCAUCCAGCCUGAGAACGCGGCCUAUCCUACUGACGUCCAUCGCUCCCCUCAAGGAGCUGCGCAAACAGCGGCAGCAAUGCUCGGGAACCACCUUCAGGGCGUCGAUUCGCAAACAACCAUCAUGGGGACCUCUAGUUCCACUUCGAUCGGCUCUUUGGAACCGGCUCUUGCGCAGAUCAAUUUGUCACCAGUGACUAUCCCGGCUUUGCACCAGAACCUCAUUGGCAGUGCUUCCCUUGGAUUUCCCACUGAUAUCGUUCAAACUGGUGUGGCGUCGACGACUUUCACUUUGGCAAAUCCGUUCACGGCCAGCAUCAAUCUGCUUGAAGUCACUGCAAUCGCGACCUACCACAACCUGACCCUUGGCGCUAUCAAUCAUGUUGACAUGUCUUCAAACCCAAUCCAUGCUAAUGGACAUUCCAAUAUUACGUCGCUUGUCCUUCCGUUCAACUUUAACCUCGACCCGUUGACCAUCAUUGGGUUGAUCACCACUUCCGCUCAAGAGCGCAACGUCGACCUUGGCCCUCUGACGAGAUUAUUCCGGCUAGUUAUUGAUAACCCGAGCUUCCACCCACCUGUGCGUUGA